AUGACGACUGACGACUUUGGCAGGGGUCCUGCAAAGGGCUAUGUCGAGGCGUUAGAGCAUCGCCUCCAAAUCACUGAGAAUGUACUUUUGACAUUGCUCUCUCAAGUCUCCGAGACCCAGCUGGGGAACGUAUUUCCUGAGAGGCUUGCAUCUAAGCAAGAGAAGAGGACUGCCUAUGCCCCCCUUGCAAGAAUUGAGAAAAAGGGAAUCGAAGAUUGGUCUCAGUAUCCGCUAGACACUGCACGCAAUAUCCGCAUCUGGCAGCACGCCUGUACCGAUCAGGGAACUCCCCCAUCCCAGAGACGGCCCGCUGAGGCUGAUUAUUCUUCCCUCGCGGAGAGUCACCGAGGCAUCAAAAGGAAGCUGCCGGAUGAGUCAGGAUACGCGACUGGUGCUAUCCGAGCCCGACUUCCGCAUUCGCGAUCGCCUGAACAUCAUCUCGAUCAGAGACCUGAAAGUUCCACUUCGAUUUCUCAUGGGUCGGCUUAUGACUCGCAAUUUCUUUCCUCAGAGAACCCAUUUGAGGCUGAAAGGCCAAGAGGGGCUCUAGACGGAACAUCUUGUGAUGUUGCCAGUCUACAGGCUAGUAUGAUCACCCCUUUCGAAGAAGGUCUCCCGGCCCAGGCUGGCAGUUCUUGGAAUGGCGCCCCUUCUCUUCACUUCCAACAGAGGUUUCUUUGGUGA